UCUCCGCGUGUGGGUGUUAUUCUUUUAACGCAUGUACAAGUGCUGUUGAAAGUGCGUAUGUUUUCUCAUAUUCAAAUUUUUAUUAAAUGUUUGUAUGAAAAUGAAAAAACCGUGUUGUAUCGACAGUAUAAGUAACUCUCCGGGCGGUUCGUCAUGCUCUAUGGUUUUAAGGAGCGCUUGUUCUCAUGGACGCUCCCAUAAAUCGUUAAUUACCACUGAUGUGCAAAAACAAGAAAGUACACAACGAAAAAGAAAAUCUUUGCAAGUUUCAAGCUGUGAAGAUACAGAAUCUGUGAAAGUCUCAAAUAGCAAAAGUUUAAAAUCUGUGAAAGUUUCAGGCAGUGAUAAUUUGAAUACAAUUUCUUGUAAGCAGUCAUCAAAGCUUGUGUCGUCAUUGGAAUCAUCCUUGGAACAACUUUCUCUUAAAUCUACCAAGACAUUUUCAAUUUUGAAAGAACAUCUUUAUAAUCAACUGCAUUUUUCAGAAAACCAAAAAUGUGAGUUUACUCGUCUUGACCAGGGAGAUUUUGGAUGCUUCAAGAAGCUUAAUUUCUCUGAAACUUCUUCACCCAGUACUCCAUUGUACUUAAAUACUCAGUAUGAAAGCACAAAACUUUCUGAUGAAAUACAGAGUAUAGAAAGAGACUUGAACUAUAAUACAACAAACAUGUCCAGAACACGGAGAUUAAAUAGAAAUUCCUUAAGAGCUCUUUCAGGAUCAGAUACUGAAGAUGAUGCUUCGUUUUCUUCAAAUAGAGUCAAAUUAAAAAGAAAUAAAGCAUCAGAUGUUCUCACCCAUUUAAACUCCUCAGGAGAAAAAAUUUCAUCUGAGUCACAUUCAGAUGUUUACAUUUCAUCUAAUCACAAUAAUGUAGCAAGGAGUGUCUUAGCUUCCAGUUCAUCCAGUUCCAAAGUUACUGGUGCUAACUACUUGCACACCAGCACACCAACUGGUUUCUGUGACCUAUACCAAAGAAAUUCUGCGAGUUCAUCACAAGCGAAUAUAUCUGCUGUUCAAAAUUCUUCUAUAUUAUCCACUCUCAGAUGGUUGUUAUGGAGGUAUAUUUAUCUGAAGAUAAUAACAAUUGUGAAUUUCGAUGUGUGGCUGUUGUCAAGGCUGUGUAGAAGACGGAGGGUUAUCAUAGUCUUAUUAUUACCAUUGUUGCUGUAUCUUUUGUAUAGUUUAUUAGGAAGUAGCAGUGAACUGUCGUCUAGGUCUUUAGAUGUUAUAAGUUCAUCUGCUUCAGCUUUUGCAUCAUCUCUUUAUUCACUACUUAUUUUCCCAUUUAAACAAUUUACUUUUCAGGAGGAAACGGCCAAAGGUGCAGAAUCGUCAUUUUGUCCAAAUGAUGAUUCUGUUUUGUCAUCAUUAUGGGGAAUACCAAGCUUCUUUUCAAAUAUUUUUAUACCUGAGAAAACUACAUCUUUUACGAGUCAAACAACUUCUCAUUCUGUUGAUUCAAAAAUUAAAUCUGAUACCUCACUUACAAAGCAAGAUAUUGAAUUAUUAACCAUUAAAACUCUGGAUGCAAGAUUUAGUGAGCUGGCUAAAAAAAUACAAACACCACAAGAUUUGAAGACUGAAGCUAUGAAUGCUUUACAAAAGGAAAUCGCAGAUCUUCAUUUGCAGUUUAAAUCUCUAUCCAGUUCAAUCCAGCUGUUAGAAAAAAAUAUUCAAAAUACAGACAAGGGACGAGUUGUGGUUUUUGACUCUUUAAAUACUAAAAUGAAAGAUUUUGAAGAAAAACUUUCAGCUCUCAGUGGUUUAAAAAAGUGUUGUGAUGAAAAAUGGACUGUAGCUGAUUUUACAACAUCUAUUGAAAAGCAUCUUGUAACUGCAUUCAGAAAUGUAAUGGCUGGAGAAAAGAACACGGAUUCACCUUAUUACUUUUUCCACCAAUGGCUGAAUUCUAAGUUCAUUGAUCCAAAUAAAUUAUCUGCUGAAAUACAUGCUGCUUUUGAAAAAAUGAAAAUGCAGCAGUCGUCUGAUAUAAAACUUGUUCAAAACAGUAUGAAUGUUGUAAAAAGUGUUGUGCAGCAUUAUGUAGAAACUUUGAAAGCAAACCUGACACCAGUUAGCAGUGCUAAAAUUACCUAUGAUAAUUCUCUGACCCAUCAAGAUAUGAAAAGAAUUGUUAAAGAAGCUUUAAUGUUGUACGAUGCUGAUAAAACUGGAAAAGUAGAUUAUGCUUUAGAAUCUGGUGGAGGUAGUGUUUUAAGCACAAGGUGUUCCGAAAGUUAUGUUGAAAAAAAUGGAAAGUUCAUGCUUUUGGGAGUACCCUUAUGGUCUGAAGAAAAUUCACCUCGUACAGCUAUUCAGCCUGAUGUUCAGCCUGGAAAAUGCUGGGCAUUUAAAGGAAGUCAGGGCUAUUUGGUGAUUCAAUUGUCUUAUACUAUUUACCCUACUGGAUUUACUUUGGAACAUAUACCUGUUUCUCUCUCGCCAUCUGGUUCUAUUGAUAGUGCACCAAAAGAUUUUUCGGUGUGGGGCUUGGCAUCAGAAAAUGAUUUUGAAGGAACUCUGUUGGGAACAUACACAUUUGAAAUAGAUGGUGACCCAUUGCAAUAUUUUGAAAUACAGAAUUUAACAUCUGUUCCAAUUUCUCUUGUUGAGCUGAAGAUUCACAGCAACCAUGGAAAUCUGGAAUACACCUGCUUGUACAGAUUCAGAGUACAUGGCACAAGGGCUUAGAAUGAAGUCAAUAAAUUUCCCUUUUCUACUGUGAUGAUUGUACAGAAAUUAUCUUUUAAGUGCCAUACAAAAUAUUUUGAUCCUCAUGUAUAGAAAUUUGUAAAAUAUUAUGAAAAUAUAAUAACUGUAAAUAUGUUGUUUUUUAUUAUCCAAUGAAUUUUAUAGAAAUAAAAGUUUAUAACUGUGUUUAUUUCAA